GCUGGAUUUUCCAGCUAGUCUGUGGAAGUGCCUUGCAGCCAUGCCACUUCCUGACAAAAUAUCCAGGAGAAGGCAGGCGGAAGUUUCCACCAACGGAUCCUCCACGCCGCGCUCAUGGAACGGCUUCCUGUCACUGAGGACAUUGGCAAUGGGAGUGACGGUGGUGGUGCUGAUAUGCAGCUUGCAGCUGGUACUGUUGCUGAGCCAUACAGACACCGCCUAUGAGUCCCAGAGCCAAAGCUCCCGGCUGUGGCACUACCUCCAGGUGCACGAAGCCAACCUGACAGCACUGGCGCUUCAGCAAAGGGAGUUGACCAGACUCCUCGGACAGCUGAACACCCUAGUCGUUGGCCAGCAGCAGGCGCUCCGCCAAGUGGAGGGUCAGCUGACCAACCUGCCGGCCGCGGUUCUGCCAGUGGGCACCGCGGAUAGUGCUGUGACGCGGAAGAUGAAGGAGCUGAACAAAGAUCAUCUGGACGAGCUGGAAAGGCAGCAGCGGGAGAUCCAGUCGCUGCAGGCGGCGCUGAAGAGUUUGUCCGCGCACACGGCCCAGGUGCCAGUGCCGGAGGCCCAUUCCGUGCCGCCGGAAGUGGCGGUCCAGCCGCCGGUCCUUUCGCCGUCGCCGCCAGCGAUCGUGGAAGGAGCUUCCUUGGAUGUGUCGGGCGGAGAGGCCGCGAAGGACUUCCCUGAGGAAUGGCUGGCGCACUUCUCGAGAGCCGAUCUGGAGGCAUCGGCCAAAGAAGCGGAGAAGUGGCGCCAGAUGGCCAGGAAUGCCGCAGAACAUGCCUGGAGAGGCUACAAGGAGCGAGCAUGGGGCAAGGACGAGAUGAAGCCGGUCUCUGGCAGCCCGGGCCGGGUCUGGGGCAACGUGGGCCUUCAGAUCCUGGACGCCUUGUCCACUUUGUGGCUCAUGGACCUCAAGGAGCAGUUUAACGAGGGCGCGGACUUUGUGGAGAAGCAGCUGCAGUUUGAUCACCCCGGCCUCGUGUCCUUUUUCGAGAUCACCAUCCGUGGCUUAGGCGGCCUGCUCUCCGCGCACUCGCUCUCUGGACGGCCCAUGUUUCUUCAGAAGGCACAGGAGCUCGGAGAAAAGCUCCUGAGGGCGAUCAACCCUCAGACUGGCUUCCCCAUGACCCAGGUGAAUCUCAGGACUGGCGAGGGCAAGAAGGGCUGGUACUCUGGUACCUUGCUGGCCGAGGCCGGUACCAUCCAGCUGGAGUUCCGGUACCUCUCGCAACAGCUGGGCGACCCCAGGUUUGCAGCUGCUGGGGACAAAGCGAUGCGGCAAAUCCUCCAGGCGGAGAAUGGCCAGGGUUUGGUGCCUUGGGGCCUCUCGAGCUCCGGCACCCCACGCUUCACCAACAGCCACAUCACCCUGGGUGCCAUGGGAGAUUCCUACUAUGAGUACCUGCUCAAGCUGUACAUCCAGUCCGACAAGACAGAGCCAGAAUGGAAGGAUGCUUGGAAGCGAGCCAUGGGCAAAGCCUUCCAGCGCCUGAUUUUCACCACCAAAGGCGGGCUGACAUACAUCGCAGAGGAGAAGAAUGGCAGAGCAGAUCACAAAAUGGACCACUUGGCAUGCUUUGUAGGCGGCAUGCUCAUCUAUGCCGCUCGCGAGCUCAAACCGGAGGAGGUGGAUGCACGCUGGGAGCAGACUGCCGCUGGGAUCACGGAGACCUGCUAUGAGAUGUACCAUCGCCAGCCGUCGCACCUGGCGCCGGAAGCCUCUCGCUUCAACCUGCAGGGCGGCCAGGGCCAGGACAUGAACAUUUGGAACAACGCGGCGCAGUACCUGCUGCGCCCAGAGGCUGCAGAGGCCAUUUUCUACAUGUUCUACUACACCGGCGAUCCAAAGUACCGACGCUGGGCUGGGGAGAUCAUGGAGGCGAUCGAGAAGCAUUGCCGCGCCCCCUACGGCUACAGCGCCGUGACGGACGUGCGCCGCGCGCCCCCGGCGCAGCGGAACGAGAUGGAGACCUUCUUCCUGGCAGAAACACUGAAGUACCUCUACCUCACCUUCCUUCCGAACCCCCGUGCAGUUUUGAACCUGGAUGACUUCGUGUUCAACACGGAAGCGCACCCCAUCCGCAGAGCGACGGCGGCGGUGGAUGCGGUCAGAAACCGCCAGCAGCACUUCUUGGGCAAGUGAGCGGUCACCAAAACCUUCGAGGAAGUCAUCCAGUUUCAGCUUGUUCCGACAACAUGAUCAUGCGG